UGCAACUGAGAUAGGUUUCUGAGCAAUAUUAAAUUCAAUAAAUUCAGCAACUUAGAAUUAAGAAGCUGUUUCUGCUGCUCUGAACUUCUAUAACCAGAACAUUUUUUUUAUGGUUGCUAUGCAAAUUAACUGGUAUGAACAGACUAGACUUCACACAUUUUCAUGCACUUUGAUAUACUUUGUCACACUUUGGACUCAUCUGUUGAAAGUGCCGCCUCAAAAAGCAGACAACUGCAGAGAAGCAACAACGUCUAUCGUCACACGGCUGAUUCACAGUGACUGAAAAUGUCAGAGAGCAUUUAUGGCAAUAUAAACACUGAUGGAAUAUGGGAAAUGGGCAGCAGAGAUGGAGAAGAGAUGAACACCAACACCAAAGCAGAUACUCAUGACGUCAGGACAGGAAAGGAGAAACAAACAUCUGAACACAUAAGAAGUGAUUCGGUGAAGAGCAGAAGCUCCAGAGCAGCUGUAGUGUGUUUGGUUCUGCUGUGUGUUCUUCUGCUGGCUGCAGUCAUAGUGCUGUGUGUUCACAUCUACACAAACAACACACACUGCACAGACGACAGAAAGCUACUAACCAAGAUCACCAACCUCACAGAACAGAUCGACCAGAUACAAACCAAUUACACAAACAUGACAAAUGAAAGGGAUGGAUUAUUAAUGAGGAUUGACAACUUGACUAAACAAAAAGACCAGUUCAGUCAAGAGAGAAAUCAACUGCGGACGAUUCUCAAUGAAACAGGUGAACUUGAAUUGCUAUUGCUAAAAACAAGUUUCAUUAUUCGGUGUACUGUAGAUGGGAAUCACGAGCUAAUAGCUGAACCUUUUGUUGUGUUUACAGAUGGAUGGUUACACUCUAACUUCAGCUUUUACUUUAUUUCCUUACUGAAGAAGAGCUGGUCAGAGAGCAGAAGAUACUGUACAGAUAGAGGAGCGGAUCUGAUCAUCAUAAACAACAGAGAGGAACAAGUGAGUGAAAAAAGAAAGUAGAGAAAAAGAGAAGGCCUAUAUAUGUUCUUAUAUGGUAUGUGGAUGUCUAUUUGAAAGUUGCUUGUCUGCUUUUUUUUUUUACUAGGAGUUUGCAAAAAAGUUUUCCCAUGGUAAUGAAUUCUGGAUUGGUCUGACUGACAGUGAAGAAGAGGGCAACUGGAAAUGGGUUGAUGACAGCAAACUGACCUCUGGGUGAGAAAUUACUGAACUGAUUAUUAUGUAAUAAAUCAGUAUCAGUAUCAUAUCACACAGAAAGUAACAAUGAACAUCUAAUACCAAUCUGUUCUUUUAGCUUGUGGAGGUCUGGAGAGCCCAAUGGAAAUAGAGGAGAGA